CUGUGUCGGUCGUAUCUCUCGAUGGUAUCUCAAAGUCGAGUUAGCAACUAAUCAUGCAGUUCGAGACGCGGCUGACACUCUGCCAAGCUGAUAACACUCUUGGCAGCACGCCAUACGCCCACCACUAACGGGAUCCUGGCCGAAGUGGACCGCUCAGCCGCGGUGGUAUUAGUUCGCUUCUUUGUCCUUGUAGUAGGCCAAGGUAGUACUGCAGCCAUUUCCGUAAGCUUAUAGAGCCUCACACCCUCUGUGCUGGGACGUUUUCAAUUUUUCCAUCUGCGGUCGACUCUCCGUUCUUGGGGCGGUGUUGCAACCAUGGCAACCUACCACGGCGAUGAUGCUGAGAAGCAAGCAUACGAGUACCAACAACAUGGCGACGACUCGCCAACGAGAGAUGUUACCAAGCUUAGCGAUCCUUACGACCAGCACCACAGCCUGCACCGUGGCCUUUCUGCACGUCACGUUUCCAUGAUUGCCAUUGGUGGCGCCAUUGGUACAGGUCUUAUCAUCGGCACAGGCAGUGCGCUGGCUACAGGAGGACCUGCUGCAAUCCUGAUUUCCUACUGUAUCGUUGGAUGUCUUGUCUACAUGGUCAUGACCGCGCUUGGAGAGAUGGCAACUUGGCUUCCCGGAGCCGGUGGAUUCUAUCCAUACGCCACCAGAUUCGUCGACCCUGCCUUUGGCUUCGCUCUUGGAUGGACGUACCUCUUCAAGUAUUGGAUCACUACCCCGAAUCAGCUAACUGCCGCCGCCUUGGUCAUUCAAUACUGGUGUCCGCCAGAACGUGUGAAUCCUGGCGUUUUCAUUGCCGUCUUUCUAGUCGUCAUCAUCCUGAUCAACUACCUCGGAGUCCGUGUCUUCGGUGAGCUUGAGUUUUGGCUCAGCAGCAUCAAGAUUGCUGUUAUUCUCGGCAUCAUCAUACUCUGCAUCGUACUUGCAGCAGGUGGCGGUCCCAACCACGAAGUCCUAGGCUUUCGGUACUGGCACAAUCCUGGCGCUUUCCACAACUACAUUGACAAGGGAUCGCUCGGCCGCUUCUUGGCUGUCUGGAGCAGCAUGGUCACGGCAGUCUUUGCCUUCCUGGGCACCGAGCUGGUCGGCGUGACCGUUGGAGAGGCCCAAAAUCCAAGACGAAACGUCCCGCGAGCUAUCAAACUAACCUUCUGGCGGAUCCUGAUCUUCUACAUCUGCUCGGUCUUCCUGCUAGGUAUGAUCGUGCCUUACAACAGCAGCCAGCUCAUCUUCGCUACGAAGAAGUCCAGCUCAGCUGCCGCAUCGCCGUUCGUUGUCGCAAUCCGUCUAGCAGGCAUUCAUGGUCUCCCCGGCUUUCUCAACGCAUGCAUCCUUAUCUUCGUCUUCUCGGCAGCCAACAGCGAUCUCUACAUUGGGUCUCGGACGUUGCACGGUUUGGCACUGAAGAAGCAGGCACCAGCGUUCCUCGCAAUCACCGACAAGAGGGGUGUCCCGUACUACGCUUUGGGAGUGUGCGCCACCGUCUGCUGCUUGGCUUUCUUGAACGUCUCCACGAGCUCAAAACAAGUGUUCACUUACUUCGUGAAUGUCGUCUCCAUCCUCGGGCUGUUGUCCUGGAUAUCCAUCCUCGUUUCCCACAUCUACUUUGUGCGGGCUCGACGUGCGCAGGGAAUCACCGACAAGAUGAUGCCGUACAAAUCUCCGUUCGGCUUGUGGGGCAGUAUCGUCGCUCUCGUCUUCUGCUGUAUCAUUGCUCUCACGAAGAACUUCACCGUCUUCGUUCGAGGGAGGUGGGAUUACAAGACUUUCAUUACUGGUUAUAUCGGCAUCCCAGUGUAUCUGCUCCUCAUCCUUGGUUACAAGGUCAUCAAACGGACUCACGCUAUUAAACCGCACGAGGCUGAUUUGUUCACCGGCAAGGACAUCAUUGACGCGGACGAACAGGAGUGGUUGGCGAAGGCGGCUGACAGGAAGGCAAACGGUGGGCGUGCCGCCUGGUGGUACGACCACACGAUUGGUUUCAUCUUCUAG